AUGAUCGCCAUUGCAGAGAUACCGAAGAACUACUUUCUAUUCCGUUCGAUCAGUCCGAGUCUGCUGAGUGGCAGAUUCGGUGCAAAAGUAUCGUCGUCCGACAGUCACAAUCACAGCAGUAGGAGUAAAGGAGAAAACACAUCAUCAUCAUCACAUUCACAAUCCAAUAAUUCAUCGGGUGGUUCGUCUGGUGGCGGCUCUGGUAUCAACUCGAACAACAGCAAUGGUAAAUGGUCAAACAACGCCAAAAAGCCUUCACGAGCACAAACCAAUGCAACCUCCAUCUCAAUUAAAAUGGGAAAUCUUUCACAUAAACAAAAUCAUAAUGGCGAAAUCAAUAUUAACAAUAAUAAUAGUCAUGAUAAUACAACCUCAACUUCACCACCACCAACAUCGACUUUAACGGUUGAUUCAAUUACAAUUUCACAGCAACAAACUGAUUCUACAAAUCUAAUUCCAAAACUCUCCAAUCAUAAUAAUGAAGAUUUAAAUGUUACUACCACAACAGUAGCAACAUCCAUUGACAUUCCAACUGUAAUAUUUAACGACGAUACCUGUACUAAUAAUAAUAAUAUUAAUAAACUGACUUCUGGUGGUCACCUUGAAGUUUGA